AUGCCUGCCGACAGAUUUCAGUUCGAUGACAGUGGCGAUACAUUUUGCUGCUUUCUUGUAGCACUUUUUACAGUUGUUCUUCUUCCACUAACUUACUUCUUUUGGCCAAAACCCGAGCCUCGAGGUACUAUUUAUCUUACUUUUCUAUGAGUACUAGAAUCGAAUGAAUCCCUGAAAAAACGAUGUCAGUGCCCACCUUGCCAGGUUAAAAGGAAUACUCUUCGUUCCACAACAUGUAAAAAACAAGUUAAAAGAUGUGCUAUGUAAGUUUAGUCGUCGCGUAUAUUGGAUGUUUAGCAAAACUGCCUUUUUGGUAGCAUGGUGUUUCCUUUUCCUACUAAUAUUCAAACUAUCGAAAAUUGAAGGUCAUGUACCCGCCUUUGAUCCUUUCCUGGAAUUGUCAAUAGAUAGGGUAAGCUUUCUAUUGUAUUUAGUAUGUUCGACUUCAGGAUGCUUCGCCUGCUGAAAUAAAGAAGGCUUAUAAAGCAUUGUCUCUGAUUCACCACCCGGAUCGGGGUGGUGAGGAACAAAAAUUCAUUCGCAUAUACAAGGCAUACGCUGCGUAAGUUUUGCUUUUUGCAUUUAUUUCAAUAUCUUUCGUGAGUUGUCCUGCAUUCUAUAGUCUUUUUUGAAAACUCAUGAACUUUCAUGAGUAGAUACGUUGUCAACCUAUUCCAUCGUUAUUUUCUCAUGCAUUUGUCAACGUGCCUUCUAGGGCAGCAAGCUAGGAGAAAAUAAUCCUAUAUACACCAUUUUUCAUGUUCUAGAUUUGGCCGCACGUAGUCGGCUUCUUUGUCACGCGUCUCUCGACUUUCUCUAAUCACAGUUUCACGCUUCCACCGUAAACCGGGCGGGAAAACUCCCUUUUGAGCGUUAUGGGUUUUUAUUAUUCUGAGGGUAUAGUGCCGUUUUCUGCUAGGUGCCAUGCCGUAUUUGACCCAGGGCGCAACCGAGAACCACCACGGUGCAGGAGGUUGUGACGAGACGAUGUUGUAUUGUUAUACCAAAAUUUGCCACGGUUGUACACUCUUUUAGCAAGUUCAUGAAUUGUAACCAAAGGAGUAGUCGUUCCACCGUAUCAGAUUCCACAUUUGCCUAAUUUAACAUGUUGCUUAUUUUAUUUUGCCUUUUCCGGCUUUAACUUUGAUUUUUGAUGUUGGUCCAGCUCUUCUAUUUUUGCGUCUUUCUGCAUUCACUGUUGCAUUUCUAUUUAAAGCCGCACAUGCGCUUCGUUGGUAGUGACGUGCUUUCUUUACUGCUUCUUUACAUUUAGCCUUACUGACGAAACUGCAAAGAAAAACUGGCAGGAAUAUGGCAAUCCGGAUGGGCCUGAAGGUAAGGAGCUUUUAAACUGUCCUUUUAUUUCGAGAUAAACGUAAUGUAUGAUACUGUGCUACCUAUGUCUCUUGUUAACAAAUAAAUAAGUGUUCGGCUUCAGUACCAAACCGAUGCUUUGUAAUGGUAGUAAGAGUCCGCAAAAUGAUUAUAAGUGGGAUAUUGAAUGAAUGUUGUCAGUGCAAGACAUGACCCUUCUAUCUUAAUUUGCAAAGUCAUGAAAAAUCGGGUUCCCCAUCAAUCCAUGCAAAUUAGCUUUCAUAUUAGUGCACGUGAUAUGUCGACUGCUUCAAGCGCCACUCGACAGCUCAAAAGCACGCCAAAAGAUAGACGCGUCGCCCAAGUAGACCAGUACUCUAUAUCGCUCCGAAGUUGUCUUGUCGACGGCUUUGCAUUGCUUUCAGAAAAAUCUCUUGUGGACAUACUAGCAUUGCCGUAUCUACCACACUUAUUUGUUUUGUGAGACUCCAAAGAUCUGUAAAUAGCGCUAUUUCAUUGUACGAAGUGCUCAUCCGUUACAGAGCCAGUCCAUUGUAUUUCAACAUGUUGUCUUGCACGUUAGAAGUGCUACAUACAUUGUGCUGACAUCAAUAUCUACCAUACUUCCAGAACCUCCGCCAGGGUGGCCCAUUGCCAUUUCCCGCUUGUGCGUAUCUUAGUUAUAGAAUGUAGCCGCUUUUGUCUUUACGAAAAUAGUGCUCGUUCUAUCUUUUGACAUAUUCAGAAUUGUCAUAGGUCACUUUGCCUAGCCACCUGAGUUGCGAGGUCCCACUGGGAGUCAUGAGCUUAGCCACAUCUUUGUUAAGUUGCCGCCCUGUUUACUGCAAGGUAUGAAAUGCACUAAUUCUAAUACAAUAGGCCGACAGCCUAAAUGUGAUUAAACCGACGGCUCCCGAUUGUGCCUCGUAGCGCAUCACCUGUGCUCAAGCCUUGCCUUUGAUGUUGUGGGCUCGAAUCCCACUGAUACCAUCGAGUUUUCGCAACUGGAUCAAAUGAACUAUUCAAAAUCUGCCAAAGCACCUGUUUGUACAAUGGAGUUUUACUUUGUUGGUGCUUUGCACAUAUCAUGUGUCAUCAGGUUUAAGCAUGGAAACUUUUUCCAAUUAUUUAAGACGUUUACUGUCGCUUAAAUGCCCUCCCCUCUUUUGUACGGCCCGUAACAUGUCUGUCCGCACUGCAUGAAUUUUGUCUCGUCCCCACGCCUUGGAUAGUCCCCGCCAUAUUCACCUACACUGGGUCCUUCAGAUAGUCCACAUGAAAACAAGGUCGAGUGGUGUCAAGUCAGGCGAUCGUGGUGGCCGGUUGAUAUCUGAUUCCCGCGAGAUUAUCAACUCUUCGAGGAUCCACGUUGCGACUUUGACCGUAUGCGCGAUUACGCUAUCUUGUCACCGUGUCUCAGGCCUGUUGGGUAUUGCCUGCUGGUUGUUGUCGGCCCCACGUAUCCGUAAUGCCGACUUCGCUCUGAUAAAUCGACCGUCCAAGUAGCCUUUUGGCUUUACCCCUCACCAGACCGAGGUAGCGCAAAUCACGCUGGUGGGUAACCAUCGGCUUCUAUGUGCUCAAACAAAAUGGUAUUUUGCCGAUCCACAGAACCGCUAGGGUAAGUGUCGACUUCAUCUACGGUGGCGUAGAGGUAACGCGUACAUGCUCUGCGUGUUAGGCUGAUGAAGAGCCAAUUUGUGAAAUAUAGUUCAAUGGCUUUUACGUUGAGAUGCGUUAUUGGAGAAUUCGCAGGUAAGUAAUUCUCAAGGUCUGAACUGAAGACCAAAACAUAUUUGUGUCGGAAGGGUUGUUGAUUUUUAAUUCGCAAAACCCUUUGUAUUACGUUCGCUGUGGUGUCGACACAAAAUACCGAAUCAAGGUCCUUUUCUUGACAGAGCAGUCUGCCAUGAAAUUAUUGAUUGGCGUCUUUUUUACCCGGUUAGCGACUUUCUUCUGUUUGGCAAAAAAUCAUGCAGUAAACGCAUGAAUCUCUGUUGACAAACUUUUCACUGGUCUGGCAAGACCUGUGGCUCUUGUUAGGAAAUAUUUACCAGUAAAUGUUUGCUAAAGCAUAUUUAUUUGGUCGAAAUGGUCGCCUGCUUGUCAUGCAUCAGGGCGAAAACAUUUUACAUGACCUAUUGUAAGCCUUCAAGUCAACGGGAAACUCAUUCUUCAAAAGCAUACCCUAUUCGGUACUGUUUAACGAUUGCCUAUUACCAGAUACGGUUUCCCGCUGCUGGUUUCCACUUUGGUUCCACAUGGCACAUUCAGUUUUGGCUGACGUCUGUAAAAUAAAAGCGUGCAUUUCUGUUUGCAAAGUUUUCGACCCGACGGGAUCUUUUGAACUUACUUGGAAAUAUCUACUGGCAAGCUUUGACGAGAGUAUAUUUGAGCGAGACGGCCAAAUUAUUUCUAAUUGACUAAACAUACAGACAUUUUGUAAUCCUCCAAGGCAGCGAGGGACUCUCUUUUCGAACAUGUACUUUACUCAGUGCGUUUCAACGAUUGCUUCAAAACUUCUAGACGGAACCUGAAAACGCUUCGGGAAACUAUCCAACGAUUUCUUUUCAUUCGUUCUAGCUAUCAACUUUGGUAUCGCUCUUCCAAAAUGGAUGAUCAAGAAGGAAAACAACUUCCUGGUUGUGGGAGCCUAUGCCCUUGUGUUCAUGUUCAUCCUUCCCCUUGUUGUCGUAAGUCUACAGACUUAACUCUAUUGUUGCUAAUCAUAAGAAUGAUUCGAGGUGGCCGUUGUUAGGUAGACUUUAUGGUAUGGGUUGGGCUGUUUGCGCUGGUUUCAGCUGUCGUAACUGGCGGGUUUCGUGACGAGAAGACACUAGCUGUUUCACUUUUGACUUCGGGCGUGAACGCUUCGAAAUGGCCCGGUUUACAACGUUCAGUCUCCAAGCUGUCCGUGUUUUCGACCCUUUCAACACAUUUCCGGAGUAAUAAGUGGGCUAACUUUGGGGAAUUCGUUUGAUUUAAUUAGGGGUAAGAUCUCCAGACUGGAGCUUUUUGUAGUAACCCCACGGUUAGUACCCCGGCUAUUUUCAGCAUAUACAUAUAAUGGUAGGGGACGCUCACCGAUCGUUCUUACGGAACUUACUCGUUCCGUUGUGCAUUGCGGGCUCUCUCUCGAGCCCAACCAACAGCCACAUAGCGGCGAAUGAUAUAGGCGGAAUAGCAUUACCGACAAAGACAAGGGAGACUGGAAUGACCAUUUCUGGCUUAUUGGCCGUCCUCAUCCAGUCAUACCCAACCCCGAAAUGUUGAACACCUGGGACUCGAACUCGCGACCUGUUUGUUUAGAAGUCAACGCCUCUACUCACCGGGCCACGAGCCCGUUGCCCUGUCAGUUUCGAUUGGGAAUAUACAAUGGUAGAAGAGCGCUUACCGAUCGUUCUUACGGAACAGGUCGCGAGUCCGAGCCCCGGUGUUCCACACUUCGGGGUUGGGUAUGACUGGCAGACGGCGACUAAUAAGCCAGAAAUGGUCAUUCCAGUCUCCCUUGUCUUUGUUGGUAAUGCCAAUCUGCCCGUGUCAUGCACCGCUGUGCGCUGCUGUUUGGGCUCGAGAGAGAGCCCAUAAGGCACAACGGAACGAGUGGGUUCCGUAAGAACGAUCGGUCAGCGCCCCUCUACCAUUAUAUAUUCCCGAUCGAAACGGACAGGACAACGGGCCCGUGGCCCAGUGGUUAGAGGCGUUGGACUUCUAACUAACAGGUCGGAAGUUCGAGCCCCAGGUGUUGAACAUUUCGGGGUUGGGUGUGACUGGCUGAUCGCGGCUAAUAAGCCGGAAAUGUCCAUUCCAGUCUCCCUUGCCUUUGUCGGCAAUAACAUUCUGCAUAUAUAUUUAUAUAUCAAGGCAAUAAUUCCUGAAAUAAUUAAGUGCAGGACACGGAGUUAUGCACCCGGAUGGACAUUACGUGAUUAAUUCACAGCAGUUCAUUGUUUCCGACCCAAAUGUUCAUUUGAAUUUCCGGUAUGACCCUAAAAAGUUGUCUCGGCCACUUUACUCCAUGUUCAGCACUUAAUAAUUUCGGGAAUUAUUAUCUUGGUAUGCAUGUAUAUUUAUUAUAUUCACUCAGGAAUGGGCCACACCGAUCCAUUGGCUUCCCGAAGCAAACGGGCUUCGUAUGGGUGAUAGAGGGUCACUAACAGGCAUCCGCCUAUCAGACCGAAGUCGGCCAAGCUCUGAUAGCAGAGGGGAGACGACAGAGUCGGGGGGGAGGUAGAUUAAUACAGCACUGUUUCGGGCUUGUUUGCCAUCAUUCAGCCAAUUACAACCCUGACCAGCAGCUGGGGCCGGAAACACAAACAUGCGCACAGACGCACCUGGCGCAUCUGGUCCACCACCAGAUAGGUCAUAAGCACUUCGUGGAACUGAAAUUCAUCAGUGUCUCGCCAUCUGCCAUUCUCUGUCGCUGCAGAUCGGGUAUUUAUUCACUCAGGAAUGAGCGCAGACCGAUCCGUUGGUUACCCAAAGCAAACAAGCUUCGUCGGCUUCGGCCUGGUAGAUGGUCACCUGUUCAUGACCCCUAUCACCUAGUGAGAUUGAAAAAGGUGUGACGGUGCCCAAAAUCACUGAAUUGCAAGGUUAAGCCCAUAACUAACUGUAGUGAUGGGAAGUCCAAAUAGUAGUUUUUGUGCCUCAUCUAGACAGUACUCUUACAAUUCCUGAUAUGCGUCUGCCUCCUCACCCAUGCCGCAAAAAAUGGUGCAUCUACUGUUAUGCAGCCACUCGUUAUCUAGAGUUUCACGGUCCCUUCGUACUUAAUCUGGCAAGACUUGUUAUUCAGGGCAAGGUUAUUGCUUAAUCUAACUAUUCAGGACACUAGUUGACAAUGAAGAUUCACUCAGGAAUGAGCGCACACCGAUCCAUUGUCUACUCGAAGCAAACAAGCUUAAGAUUGCAAUUAAGGAUAAACGAAACACAAGCCAGGGGGAGCAGAACCGAGGCAUACCGAUGGUGUCUCCUGUUGCGUAACCGGGAUGUCGGACCUGUUGUCUGGUUUCCGUAAUUUCAAACGAUCUUCCCCCUAAUACUGCGGGCAAACCGCCUUAUCGUGGUCGCCGUUUAUUCGCCGUUUUAUUUACAGUGCGUGACCGAUCUCAUGAAAUGUUGGCCGAAUUUCUGAAAUGCUUUUCCGACUAGGAAGGAUUACUUAAGAGGGGUUGUUAUACUGACUAUGAUGCAGAAUAACCCUCUGACAUUUCGGACUCGCCAGGAUGUCGGCUUUUGAAUGCACUUCCUUUUAACUUCAUGCAGAAACCACACUCGGCAAGAAAUGACUACUUAAGUAGCAUGCGUUUUUCCUGUAGAUUUUGGUGGUCUUAUAAAUUAAAAUAUAUUUUAUAGAGAACAUGCACAAAAUAUGCUUUCUUUUACUUAUUUGGCAGGAAAUCACAUUGUUUUCAUAUUUCAUAUCCGAGGAAAAUGUGCAUUUGGGUUUUAAAAAAGUUCCCCAAUUCCUGAAUAAUUUUCAGCCUGAUCUGCCGUUGCACCAGCGUUUAGCAAUUGCAGUCCAAAAGGUGCAUGCUUCCCGCGUAAUGAAAAUGAUAUAUUUCUCAACGCCUCUAAGACGACACCACAUAGAGUUCAUGAAACGUUGUAAUGGAUCCGGACUCUGUUGUACAUUUCAUGAGAAGCAUUAGUAAAUGGACAUGUGCGGUCAUGCAUGUAUGGACAUCGCACGGUUUUAAAAAUCUCAUAAUUAGAAACUUUUCCAAAAGUUAAAUAUACCAUUUCUUCGGGUAUAAAAUGUAAAGAUGACUGAAACUGCUAAACGCUGAUGCAAUGGCGGAUCAGGCUGAAAAUUAUUUGGGAAUUGGGAAACUUUUAAAACCCAAAUACACAGGUUCCUCGGGUAUAAAAUAUGAAGCCAAUGUGAUUGCCUGCCAAAUAAGCAAAAGAAAGUAUAUUUUUGUGCAUGUUUUCUAUAACAUAUAUUUGAAUUUGUAAUACCAUCAAAAAUCAAUAGAAAAAAUGCAUGCUACUUAAGUAGUAACUUUUUACCGCGUGUGGUUUCUGCAGGUGGUCAAAAGGAAGUGCAUUUAAAAGCCGACAUCCUGGCGAUUCCGAAAUGUUAUAGGGUUAUGCUGCAUGAUGAUCAGUCUAACAGCCUCACUUAAGUAAUCCCUCCUAGUCGAAAACACAUUUCAGAAUUUUGGCCAACAUUUCAUGAGAAAGGUCACGCACUGUACGUAUGCCAAAUUUGCGCCUUACUCACCAGUCUUUGUAUGCUCCCUCAGUGUCUCUGGUGGUACAACUCGAUGAAAUUCAGCAGCACCAAGGUCCUGCUGGUUACAGUGCGCCUCUUCUGCGGCAGUUUCAUGUACAACCCCUUCAUGGCCAUGCCGCGCCUCAUAAAGCUCCUCUCCUGUGCCUACGAAUUCAACAGUCAGUUCAACAAGGACAUUGUCUGCCGCCCAAGUGACAACGUGGAACUGCAUCCGGUAGGUAGUUUACCGACCUACAUAUUUAUCCUUUGUCCCACAGGGGUACAGCAGUGACUGUCGAAGCACCCUUCUCAUACUCACCUUGCUCUCACCAUGAAAAGACAAAUCCGAGACAACUGCAAUCGAACCAUGGUGCGGUGGUUAAGACGUUGAAGUCCUCCCCCCCCACUGGCGCAUGUGCUGGUUCCAUCAUCUCCAGUAUCUGCCACAAUAGUCGUGUUACGGGGGGAGCCUUUUCGGUCUUACCCUCAGUCCAGAGUCCGGUCUGUACUUCUCUACGGUUGCGAAUGCUGGGCUUUGCGCGUGGCGGAUGAGCGAAAACUGGAGGUAUUUGACCACCACUGCUUGAGGAUCAUCCUUCGAGUGAAGUUAACCGACUUCGUCCCAAAUGAGAUAGUCCGCGCUCGCUGCGACAACAUCGCGAGGAUAACUCAGGCCAUCCAAGAAAGACGACUGAGGUGGUUCGGGUAUGUUCUUCGUCGUUCACCUCAGGAGCACAGUGUUGCUGCCCUCGAUCCGGCACCGUUGCCCCAUUGGAGGCGUCGAAGAGGGGGUCAGUUCAAAACCUGGCACGACACUGUCCGUCAAGACAUGGAGGUGGUUAUUUGACCUUCGGUAUUCGGUCUCCGUCGUUGGCGAAGGGAAUGGGUUGAGCUGUCUAGAUCUGCUGCCGCCGAUCGUCACGCGUGGAGAGGUACAAUUCGGGACAUCAUCGAGGCCGGCUAGAUCAGGCAUGAUCGCAGCCGUAUCAAGUACAAGUAAGUACAGAGUAGGGUCGUGUUAUCCCGUCAACUAGUAGUCCAGCCACGGCUUCUAGCUCGUAGUUUUUAGAGACUCGUCGCUACCGUCGGUACACCGACGUACACCCCGGAAAUCCCCUCAAUAGGCUAGAGCCGUGCGGAAUGCGAGUCUCUUGGUCAUAAUUCUCCGACCCGUAACCAGUAAUUGAAAACAACAACCUCCGGCUUGUGUAUUUCUGCGAUUAAGUGUCUGCACAGAUAAAUAGCAUCGAGAAGCAGUACUGGUGAGGAUGUCGCCAAGCCAUUAUCACCUUAAUUAGUAGUACCUGUGAUGAGUUUUAGGCGACUGACUGCGGCAUAUUCAGUAUUCAAACAGAAGUCCGAAAGUUAGACCCGGUGCUCCUGCAGUGGAGUCAUCGCAUUAUACGCAUUUGCCAAUUGUGACGACUUCGUGUUCUGCCGGACAAGCUUUUUUUCUACAGGACGCCGUUACUUGCUACUCAGUUCACGCUCGUUUUUGCUUGCCUCUACAUAGAGCCUGUAUUGUGAUGUUCAACCUGCCACAGCACUCUUCUCCCCCCCACUACUUCCUACGGCUAGUAGUAUUGACGGGUGACUAAUUUGUGCCCCCACGUCUUCAGCUAAUGUAUUAGGUUUGACUUUCCGUAUAGCCGUCCCAACCGUCCUUGACGUUUGAUCAGGCCCCUGGUUUUUGUCUAUUUCUACCUCUCUGUCGCUUAUCCAUUGGUACUGGUGCAAUAGCAUUCAUACUACAUGCUGCUCAGAGAUUUGAGCCUUCCCUCUUCCUCACAUUCAGCUGAUCCAGCAAAUCCCUGCCUUCACCAUCUUUAAGAAGGCCAUUGUCGGUGCACCCUAUGCAAUCAAGGCGCGAGCUCUAAUUUACGCGCACAUGCUUCGGCUGGAUCUGCCUCCGAAAACCCUCUUCCUCGGUUAG